GUGCUCCAGGCCUCAAUGAGGAGUCCAAACAUGGAGACAUUCAAGCAGCAGAAGGUGGAGGACUUUUAUGACAUCGGAGAGGAGCUGGGCAGCGGCCAGUUUGCCAUUGUGAAGAAGUGCCGAGAGAAAAGCACGGGGCUGGAGUACGCGGCCAAGUUCAUCAAAAAGCGGCAGAGCCGGGCCAGCCGGCGGGGCGUGUGCCGGGAGGAGAUUGAGCGGGAGGUGAGCAUCCUGCGGCAGGUGCUGCACCCCAACGUCAUCACGCUGCACGACGUCUUUGAGAACCGCACCGACGUGGUGCUCAUCCUUGAGCUAGUGUCGGGAGGCGAGCUCUUCGACUUCCUGGCCCAGAAGGAGUCGCUGAGUGAGGAGGAGGCCACCAGCUUCAUCAAGCAGAUCCUGGAGGGUGUGAACUACCUUCAUGCCAUGAAAAUUGCUCACUUUGAUCUCAAGCCAGAAAACAUUAUGUUGUUAGACAAAAAUAUUCCCAUUCCACACAUCAAGCUGAUUGACUUUGGCCUGGCUCAUGAAAUAGAAGAUGGAGUUGAAUUUAAGAACAUUUUUGGGACGCCAGAAUUUGUUGCUCCAGAAAUUGUGAACUACGAGCCCCUGGGCCUGGAGGCUGACAUGUGGAGCAUAGGCGUCAUCACGUACAUCCUCCUAAGUGGAGCAUCCCCUUUCCUGGGAGACACGAAGCAGGAAACGCUAGCAAAUAUCACAGCAGUGAGUUAUGACUUUGACGAGGAAUUCUUCAGCCAGACCAGUGAGCUCGCCAAGGACUUCAUUCGGAAGCUUCUGGUUAAAGACACCCGGAAACGGCUCACAAUCCAGGAGGCUCUCAGACAUCCCUGGAUCACGCCGGUGGACAACCAGCAAGCCCUGGUCCGCAGGGAGUCUGUGGUCAACCUGGAGAAUUUCAAGAAGCAAUAUGUCCGCAGGCGAUGGAAGCUCUCCUUCAGCAUUGUCUCCUUGUGUAACCACCUCACCCGCUCCCUCAUGAAGAAGGUGCACCUGAGGCCAGAGGAGGACCUGAGGAAUUGUGAGAGUGACACAGAGGAGGACAUGGCCAGGAGGAAAGCUCUCCACCCCCGGAGGAGGAGCAGUACCUCCUAGGUGGCCCAGCUCUCUCUGUGCAGACUCCGGGUCCCCACUCGUCACCAGCACCCAGGCAUUCUGCAUCCCUGAACGCUUUGCAAGACAGAUGAGCCUGCAGGACUCAGAAGAACUUACAGAGGAGCAGGGAGCCCUUGGGAGCUGUGGCCGUCUCCUAUGGGGGAGGCCCUGACAUCCUCAAAGCUCUUAUUCUCCAUAAAACAGGCUUUCACCUGUCUGCCAACCUCAGAACCUCGGGUGAGGUGUGGACUUGAGAAAAUGAUGUCAGUGAACAUCGUCAUCAUGGGGGAAGGUCAGACUCGGGCAGGUUUCCUCACAGGAUGAGGGAGUUCAG